AUGUUCCGAAUCCUUGAGUCGCAAGCUCCGGCCAAACAAACGGCAACGGACACAAUCGACGUGCUGAGCAACAGGCUACAAAGCGCUACCCUACUGGAAGAUCGACGGGCUGCGAUCCAAGGCUUGCGAAGCUUCGCAAAACUAUAUCCGGCGUCUGUAGCAUCGGGAGGCCUGCGAUCUUUGAUCACCUGCUUGCACAAUGACAGUGAAGACCCGGACACUAUCAAGGUGGUCCUUGAGACCCUUUUGAUGCUAUUCACCCCAGAUGAGAACAGCCCCGAAGCGUCAGACGAAAUAGCUCUAUGGCUGGCAGAUGAGUUUACUCAGCGACAAGACAAUAUUACAAUCUUGCUUGAUCUUCUAGAAAGCAAAGACUUUUAUUCACGUUUAUAUGCCCUUCAGUUGAUGUCCCAUAUUUCUGGCGCGAGACCAGAACGAACGCAAGAGUGCAUCUUCACAGCACCAUUGGGUAUUUCCCGACUGGUGGGUGUGCUAACGGAUGCUAGAGAGCCAGUUCGAAAUGAAGCUCUCCUCCUCCUCAUUGUCUUGACCCCCUCUUCUGAAGAAUUGCAGAAACUCGUUGCCUUCGAAAAUACAUUUGAGAUUUUGUUUUCUUUGAUCGAAUCGGAAGGCCACCUCACUAAUGGAACCGAGGUCGUGGAGGACUGUUUGUCCUUACUCGCCCACUUGUUGAGGCACAACAUCUCCAACCAGUCAUAUUUCCGGGAGACGGGUUGCAUACAAAAAGUGACAAAACUACUUGUCGAAUGUCAGCAAUAUCAAGAGCAUGACGAAGCUCCCCCCCAGUGGGCUCUUGUACAGCGAGAUAAAAAUGUUUGGGGUCUCUUGUCUAUCGUUCAAUUAUUCUUGAUUCGUGGUGGCAAGGGUACCCCGAGCAAUCAGACUGCUUUUUGGCAACAUGGCGUGACAGAACAAGUGCUAAGCAUAGCAUUUGGUCAAAAGUUCAGUGUCAAUGUCACAUCAAAAGCACUAGCAACAUGCGCUGAUCUGAUCCGUGGAAAUCCACCAUUACAAGAACGGUUUGGGGAUAUUGAAGUCUCCUGGGGCUCACAAGCCACGGCUGUCAAUGGUGGGGCGGAGCCAGAGCGAAUCAAUGUCAUUGAAGCCUUUUUGAAAUUGAGCCUCGAGCCAGCCCCCAAUCACAUGUUAGAUGCACGCCUUGCAGCCUGUGAGUGCAUGAAAGCAUUCUUUGCCCACCAUGCGGGCAUUCGCAUGCAUGUGCUUCGGCGCGCAAUUGAAGGACAUACAAGUGGACAGGACCGCAUUCCAAAUAUUCUAUCCGUGUUGCUGAUAGCACCCGAAUCACGAGGCAAUGCAGAUCCAUACCAAGUCUGGAUGGCAUGUGUUCUUAUGUAUCACCUCAUUCUUGACGAUACCGAAGCAAAGGCAACAGCAAUGGAAGUCACGGAGGGCGAUGCUGAGAGUGGUGAAGAAGUCGUCACCAGCGUCCAGUUGGUGGUUGGGAACUUGAUCACUGGGUUGCAGCGUGGUGACGACGAAAGAAUUACAGUUGGAUAUCUGAUGCUGCUUUGCGGCUGGCUCUAUGAGGAUCUGGAUGUUGUGAAUGAUCUCCUCGGAGAAGGAAGUAGCAUUCAAACUCUGCUCCAGGAAAUCAAGCAUCCAAGAACGCCCAGCAAGUUAAUCCCUGGGCUUUGUACAGCUCUACUGGGUAUCAUCUAUGAGUUCUCUACCAAGGAUUCACCUAUUCCCCGAGUCACUUUACACAAGUUACUUCUUGAGCAACUUGGUAGAGAGCAGUAUAUUGACAAGAUCACGAAGCUAAGGGAAUGUCCAUUGAUCCGAGAUUUUGAGGUUCUUCCCCAAACGGCUGCCGGCCAACUUGAAGGUGGAUUACCUGAAGUGUUCUUUGAUCGAUCUUUCGUCGAGUUCAUUAAGGAUAACUUCAGUCGGUUGACUCGAUCUAUUGAUCGCGAACCGGGCUUUGAGAUUUCAAUUGUUGCCAAUGGUGUUGAAAAGGGUGUCUCGCGGGAACUCGUGGACUCUCUACGUGCAGAGCUGGAAGAACGGAGUCAAUCAAUUCAAAAAUUGGAAACGGAUCUUGUUGAUGUCCAGCGAAAGCUUGAACAAGAGUUAUCCGAUCAUCGGAAAACAAAAGAAUCAAGUUCAUGGGAGAUCUCCAAAGCCCAGCAGACGCAACAGCAUCUUCAAUACAGUCGCGACCAAGAUCUGGCAAAGCUGGAAGAGCAGCACAAACAGUCAAAAAAUACCUUGCUCAAACAGCAUGGGGAGCAACUACAGGCCAUCGAUAAUCAAUUGAAACAGGCCUCGGCUGAGUAUGAAAGAAAGAGCGCCAAGCUCCGAGAGCACCAUGAAAAAGAAACUACCGGAUUCCACAAGACUAUCCAAAAAUUGGAAUCGGAGCUUUCCAAGACUCGGGAACGCCACACAGCCGAAGUCAAUAGCUUGAAACAGACUAUUCAGGAUAUGCAGCAGUCCAUCAACCAGUCAACAAAAGAUCACUCGGGCGAGAUGGUUCGCUUGCAAAAGACAAUCCAGGAGUUGAAUUCGGCUAUUGGUCAAUCUAAAGAAAGUCAUGCUAAAGAGGUUGCAAUCAUCAAGAAGGCGAUGCAGGAUUCAGAGUCCACUGUUGGACAGUCCAAAGAACUUCACGCUAGCGAGAUUGCUGGGUUGCAGGAAACCAUCCAGAAAUUGGAAUCAACUUUCAGUCAGUCCAAAGAAGAUCAUGCAGACCAGGUCGCAGAUCUACAAAACAAGUUGGAAAACUUAGAGUCUCUUAUCUCUUCCAGAGACAGCCAACAUGGAGCAGAAGUCUCAGACUUCAAGGAGCAGAUCGUAAAUCUGGAGUCGACACUGACCACUGCCAAAGAGCAGCAUGAAACCAGGAAUGCCGAUCUCACAAAUAUCAUCGAAGGCCUGCGAUCGGAUCUUGAUAAGAUCAAAAAGAAGUCCAUCAAGGAUGCUGAGACGGCUACGGAAGGUGUAUCGUCCCAGCUUUCUCAAUUAGAGACGCGCGCUACCGAAGCGGAACGCAAGGCAAAGGAGGCCGAGUCGCAAGCUCAGAUUGCUACCCAGGCAUUGAAAGAGGUUCAAGCUCUAUUUGAAAAAGCACAAUUAGAUGCCAAAGAGAAAGACGAAGCUCGCCAAGCCACCCAAUCGGAAUUAGAGGACCUACUUAUUGUCUUUGGCGAUCUGGAAGCCAAGAGAAAUGAGGACAAGCAACGCCUCAAAGACUUGGGUCAGGAAAUCUCAGAGGAUGAAGAUGAAGAUGACGAGAACGAUGAGGAUGAGGAUGACGCAGAGGAGUAG